CCUUCACCACACUGUGUCCAUGGGCUAUGCAUCUAUGCAUAUAUGUUCCAAUACUCUCCAGGUCCCUCCAUGCUGUCUCAAAUGGAGUCUCCACGCUUACCUGACCACUUCAGUUCCAGUAUCUUGCCCAGCAAAGAAGCAAUUAGCCAAAAUGAUGCCUGGAGGUUUAACUAAAGCCAAACCUGCCACUCCAGAAGUUCAGGAGAUUGCCGAUGAGGUUAAGCCACAGCUUGAAGAACAAACAAAUGAGACUUAUGAAGAAUUUGAAGCCGUAGAAUACAAAACCCAAGUGGUUGCUGGAAUAAAUUACUACAUCAAGGUGCGGGUAGGUGAUGAUAGUUACAUUCACAUAAAAAUAUUCAAACCUCUUCCUCAACAACAGCAGUCUUUGAAACUCACUGGUUACCAGACAGACAAAAGCAAGGACGAUGAGCUGACGGGCUUUUAGCAGAACGUUCAAAAAGCGAUUGGAUUCCUUCCAUUAAUGAUGGAAUUGCUAAUAAAUGCAACUAUCAAUAAAGAAACCUUCCUUUUUAAA